UAUUUAAAGAUAACUUACGAAUUGUCAUAAACUAUCGACUAUAUAUUUGUAUAUAAAAUAUAGAACUAAUUAUAGGCUGAUUUUCACGUAUUAAUUUUAAAAAUAUUAUUUUUAUUUUACUUCAUAAAAAAUAAUUUUAAAGAAAUAAUUUUGUUGAAAAAUUAUAUUAUAGGGAAAAAAUGAAAAAUAUUUUAAUAUUUUUUAUAUUAUAAAAAAUAUUUAUAAAAAUUAAAAUUAUUUUAGAAAAUAACAAUUUUCAUAAGAAUCCAUCAUAAUAAUUGUAUCUAACCUAUUAUUUCACUUUAAAUAUUGUUCAUAAAAUAAGGUAUUUAAUCAUUAAUUAUUAAAUAUAUUUAUGUAAAAGUCUCUCAACAAUUAGAUAAAAAGCUAAAAAUAUAUAAUUGGAAAAAAUAUUUUUGUGAAAAAUGUCUGCUUUCUUUUUUUAUACUUUGUUUUAUAUUUUAAUGUCAGGAUGUAUCAUAUAUCCACCUACAGAAUUUGUAUCAGCCGGUUUAACCAUAAAAGAUAUAUUUUCAAAUUGGUUAGGUAGUGAAAAUGAAUUUUUUGUACAAUAUCAUAUAAAAAGAAGUAUUAUUACAUUAUUUAUACAUUCUAUGCUCCCAUUUGGUUAUGCUUUUGGUUUAGUUUUAUUUGGACAUGUAGAUAUUGUCAGUGCAUUAUUAGAUCAUGUCAAUUUAUGGUCAAUAUUUGUUACUUGCUCUAUAUUGAUGCCUUUAUAUACUUUAUAUAAAAUCUUAAUAUGGUCAAUAAAUAAUUGGAGUAAACAUCCAAUAGCACAAAAUCUUGCAAUUUAUUGUAACAACAAUAAUAAUAACAGAAUGUCAUGGACUACGGUAGCUUCUGAUAUUAAUGUAGAAUAUCAAAGAAUAGAUAAAACAAUAAUUACUACAAAUAGCAUAACAUCCAUAAUAGCUACUGAUAAUUGGAUAAUUAAAGUUUUACCUUAUAAAAUAAUGGUUGCUCAUCAAAAUGAUACAGCUUUAAUAGUUAAUAAAAGUGAUACUCAUGAAAUGUCACCUUUGACAAGAGGAGAAGUUCAGUUUAUUAAUAUUGAAGUAAAACCUACUAGACCAGGAUCACAACCUUUUGAUAUAAGAUUGAAUGUAUUUGACUUUAAAAAUCUUCAAGAUAAAGUAUCUCGUCCUAUUAUCAUAUUACAGAAUAUUACAUUUCAUAAAACUUUACUUGAUAAAUUUAUUGAUAAUUUUAAAGAACAAGUACAAGAAAAUCCAUAUUAUGAAUAUACAGAGGAAUUAGGUCAAUGUAUAGGAUGUAUGCAAGCUUUGUCAAAUAUAAAAUUGAAUAAACAAUGUAGUAUAGGAAUAGGAAGUGGAAAUCUUGAAGAUUGUAUGGUAUGUUAUUGUCGUCCAAUGUGGUGUAUAGACUGUAUGGCAAAAUGGUUUGCAUCAAGACAAGAUGAAAAUGCACCUGAAACAUGGUUAUCUUCUAAAUGUACCUGUCCAGUAUGCAGAGCAAAAUUUUGUAUUUUAGAUGUAUGUCUUAUACAAUCUACUUAAAUGUAAAAAAUAAUAUCCUAAUGGAAUUAUAUCUCUUAUUUUAAUUACAAAACUAUAUUCUAUCUAAUAGAAACAAUACAUAAUAAUAAUAAUAAUAUACAAAAAUAAUUUUUAAUAUUAUUUAUUAUGUUUUGUUAAUUAGAAGUAAAUGAAAAUGUAAUGAAAUGUAUUUUUUAUAGAGUAAUGUGAUAUAUUCAUGCCUAAAUUUCUAGAUAAAGAUAGUUUAAAUAUUAGUACUAUAUAAAAAAAUAAAGAACAAUAUUUUUAUUUUAUUAAGAUUUAUAUUUAAGAUUAUAAUUAUAUAUAUAUAUAUAAAGAUCUUACAUAAAAUAUUAAACUAACAAAUAAAUUAUAUGUUUUUAAAUAUUUUAAUAAAAUACAAAACUAAUGACAAUAUAAAA